UGGAGUUGAUGAGAGUUGGCAAGCGAGAGUUUGCAUGCAUGAGAGUUUUCUCAGCUCUUAUUCCACGGUCAAAAUAACGAGAACAAGAGUUGCACGAGAGUUGAUGAGAGUUGAAUGGAUAUAUUAGUUACCGCGCGUAUAUAGGGAACUCUCAUCGUCGACUCCGUCAUCAACUAGUUAACGAGAGUCUGCCAUCCUCUAUAAUUCAGGCAAUCAAGCAAAAAUAGCCUCGUGUAGCGUGUCCUUAUCUGCAUGGGAUGGGUAUUUUUUGCCGGUUUGAAACUCGCCAACAGUUUCCCUGGUAACGUUUGAACUUAAUGAAAUCACCUGUUUUAAGCUGUAAACCACAAAUGGCAAAUCUAAAAGCUUUACUCGUAUCAGUGGUCAGGAUGAACCCAAACAAACACGUUUCGAAAGCUUUCGAUGACACGAAUCGUCUUAUUUCACAUGCUUUAGGACAAAACAAGCCAAAAUCAUCAUGGUAAGUGUUCCAAGUGAAUUCGGUGUCUUUUUUAUGCCGUAUAAGGCAGAAUUUGACGUGAAAAAGGGAUAGAAAAUUAGACGUUUUUAUUGCGUGCCUUGUGCAUAGCAACAUUGCGUCGAUAGGAAACUUAAUUGAUAUAAACCGCUAUAUGUGGCCACACAUAGCCAUAUUAACGUCGCUACUUCCUCGAUGUUUUGGAAAAAGUAUUCGCAUAAAACCGGAUUCAAUCCUGUUUCAUACACAAUGUAUAACGAUCCACAAAUCACAAAAAUCAAUCAAAUAUGCUGUUUAUACCAUCUUGUUUGUACCGUUUCAUCAAUCUCGCCAUGUUGUAUACGCGUAUAGGAAAAGUGUUUGGGGAAAUGCUUAUGUAACGUUGAAGAAGCUUUCGGAACAAAAAUAAAUACUAUUCGAUUUCUUAAGUGAAUGCAUAGGUUUCUAACUAAACAAUGACAAUCAUUUUAUGCUGAUAAAAAUAUGGAACAUAAGAUAUAGCUUAUGAGUUAUAGAUGAGAAAUUUUACACACAAAAAACUUUCUAAACAAAGACUUAAUCUGGGAGGGCAUUGCCAGCUACCAGAUGUAAUUUUCUAGUUUUAGAUCAUAUUAUACGCGACUAUCCAAAAAAUGGGGGUGCGGCGUCCUCCAGGGUUUACGCGCUAAUUAUUCGUAUAAAAUUUAUUUCUUGGAAUGCGCAUGAGUUAGAUAAUUGCACACCAGCAUCGGUCCAUUGCGCAGCGAUCGUUUCUGCAUUCCUCAGUAUUUUAUAAAGUAUAUAUACUCGUUCAAAGUUGGUAUAACUUUUCAGUUGAAUCGUAUUAUGUAUGUACUUUAGAUUGAACAAUUAGAUGCAUGUCAAUAUUAUUAAAGUAUUCAACUGUUUAAUCAUCCAUAUAUAGCUAUAUGCAUGUAUAUACAAUACCCAAUCAAAUUGCCCAUUUCGUUAAUUCAUGCAUGCUAUAGCACAUUUAGUAUUUUAAAUCUCCGUGAAAGCGGAAUAAUUUUGGAAUUCGAAAAGGAGUCAGGCAACCAGGCAAAAACAGCUUGUUCUUCGAAAACGUUUGGGUAUUUAAAUUAUAUUAGAUACUCCCCGUUCAAUGUUUUAUAAAUGAAUGGUUUGUUAGAUAAUCACAAUAGAGAACCAAAGUUUAUUUUGGUUUUAUUUUUCUCAUUCAUUCUUGUCAACAAAUCAAAACAACGCUAUAUAUAUAGUUGGGUUCACUAAAUGCAAGCUUUCAAUAACUUAUUGUUUAUAAUUAAAAUCAAUCCUAAUUCAUAAUACAUGAACAACUUAAAUCGCGCGCGGUGACUUGCUAGCCAAUAUAAUGCCUAACGCCUUAUAAUGCCUAGUGAUGUUUUGAUAUCAGUCCCCUGCAUUCAGUACCGUAGUCACUUGAAAUCGCUUAUCUGUAAUUUAUACUGGCUAGUCAGUUUAUCAGUUUUAAACUGUAAUUCUCGCUGAAAGUCCAGUAAGGAUCAACCCUUGUUGGUCCAGCGUUAUUUUUUACAGGAUAUACAUGCUUUAUUUAAUUAAAGAGGGGAAAAACACUAUUUACAUAGUUACCACUAAGGUAUUCUUCCCUAUAUGUCCCUUAUAAAGAUAUUAUGUAUAACUAUAUAUAUGUAUAUAUAUAUAUAUAUAUAUAUAUAUGACUGUACAUGUUUUUUAUGACCUGAUACCAAAGCAUUGACAAAGCACGACAUGUUUGUGAUAUAUACCGCAGGAAAAUUCAUCCAUAUGUUGUACUUUGUACUUUGUAGUUGAGUUGGAGAAAGAACUCUUUAAGUUUUAUUGUAAAAGAUGAAACCGUAUAAUAUUCAAUAGUUUCUGGAUCGGUAGGUAAGGGAUUGAAAAGACUUAACCACUAUAGGAUAUCUUAUAGGUUUGCUGAUAUCACUUUUAACUAAAGGGAGCUACCUCAAAUUGGUCUGAGCUGAUCAAAGAGUUCAAAUCGGUAUAUAAUACAAUCAUUUCCCAAGAACAAAUCGGGUAGGGUGAGCCACGGCCCUUCUCUAGCAAGCCUACAAAAAUUAAGAAGACUAACAGCGCCAUCUUUUUAAUCCUCAGUCUUGGUCUUGUAUCGUAUCCACGCGUCAUUGUGAAAACCGCAUUGACCUCUUCUCCAAUAACAAUUUUGAACAGGUUGUAAUAACCCGCUUUGCACCUGUUCUGGUUGCCCUUAACUUAACUUAAUAUGUGACAUUAAUCUGCACGCAUUUUGAGAUGAGAAACACUUACUUGGUAGAAGAUUGAAUUGCCUCGAUUCCGAGGACUACUGCAGUCUGAGUUACAAAGUUGUCGUAAGUACAUGCUUAAAAGAUGACGUAAGUACAUGCUUGCAAAUAUAUAAGUUUAGCACGCUGCCUUUGAAAUUUGUAAACGAACGUCCUGUGAUAUGUUUUUGAAUUUCUCCUGUGUUUAGCGAGGCAACCAAAAUGUCAGCAAUGGAAGAUCAGUGGGAGUUUUUCGUUGGCAGUGCGAAACAAAAAGCAGAGAGUCACACCAAGGCUUCAAGAUUCUGGGGCACAGUUGACACAUUUUUCGGACUUUCCCUCAUUUUCUUAUCAGGUAUUAUUAAUCAAAAUUUUACGAGCUGCAGAUAUUUCGACUUUAUUGCAAAAUCUUCUUCAGAUUAUUUCUGAGAUAGUCUCACAUUAUACUCCAAUCCUGAAGAAUGACAAAUGUUCUUUGUCUAACAUGAUGAGGUGGACAAAAAUAACCAAAUACGUGUUUGACACUGUUUCUGUGGUAACAUUUGGGACGUACUUCUACGCCCAAAGCAGCCUCCCACUUGCAAGCCACCGAUAUGGGGAAACACACUCAGUCCGGGCUUAACUUGGGGAAACUACAGUCUUCCUUUUAGCUUAAAGUCUUGAUUAAUUUUUGCACCGAAUAUUCUUAGUGAGCCAACUGACUCGGUAAAUCGUGGUUAUAAUUACUAGGCCUGUCCAUGGACAAUGUUGGCUGAAAAUUUUAAAUAAAGACGAAUCUGAUUCAACGUCAUUCGUACCAGAUCCGAAUCCUCAAAUUUAUUUUGAAUAAAAUUAGAUAAAGUAGAUAGAUGGAAUGCUGUUCCGUCGUAUUCUAUUAGAUUAUCAUUCAAUGCAGAUGUAAAUUUUAGAUCUCAAUGGCAUAUAUUUUGUAAAUUUUAGCACUGUAGUUUAGCAUGUAUUUAUAAGACAUUUAAAUACUUUUACUCGGACGUGCCGUCGCAGUGUACAAGAUUUUUGGAGUGAUUUGCCCUAACAUCAUACACAAGUUUCCGUGCGACGUAACGAAACGACAAGUUUCGUAAACAAUCUUUAGAGUGGCAUGUUAUGCUGGAAUAAACCUGGGUUAGUUUUCCUGGUGAAAAUUGGAGGUUUACUAAAAUAUUGCUACUUUUAGCUAGUACAACAGCUUUGGCUCUUCUCGACGGAGUCCCGAAAGAGGUCGUCGCUGGUGUCGGAGCCGUCUCCACCAUGUUGGCCGCGUCUGCGUCAUUUCUCAAAUCCUCCGACCGCCGACAACUUCACGAGAAGACCUCGAAAGGUUUCCGAUCUCUGAUGGUUAAAAUGAUCAGCUGUGAGUCGGAGAAAGAUUAUGAGAAGUAUUGGGCGGAUUUUAAUAGAGAGAUUAUGGACGAACCCAUGAUGCCACAGAAGUUCGCCAAGAGUUUCAAAAUGAAAUAUACCAUGACCCCAGAGCUACGAGAGGUAUGAACGAAGUCCCUUUAUUUAAGCCGGUUACAGACGAGCAAGUUUUCUAUGACACGUUUUUAUGUGACAAGUUUUAUUUGCUCGUCUGUACGCGCAACUUCGACAAUUUUUUCUAUGACAAGUGCACUUGUUCAAAAGCUAGCAUGCUAGCUAACAAGUGCAUGCACUUGUCAUAGAAAAAAUUGUUCGUACAAAUUUUGUUCGUCUGUAUCACUCAUUAACAAAGAAAACUUGUCAAAGUAAUCUGAGCAUUUGUUGUGAUUGGCCGCGCUCGCGUUGUCCACAGUCCACUGUACUAUUACAAUGCUGGCCACUAAUAAAUUGUCAAAGUAAACUUGUUGACACGUUAAGCGCGUUCGCACCAGUAAAUAAAACUUGUCAUAUGAAAACUUGUCAUAUAAAAUGUGUUGCAUACACACACGUGCACUUGGCAAAUAAAACUUGUCAUAUAAAAACUUGUCAUAGAAAACUUGUUCGUCUGUAACCGGCUUUAUAGUCUUGGUGUACGUGCUUAGCAGUGUGGAAUAAACGAAAGAUUUUGCACGAAAGUAAUGCCUCGGUCAAACGAGAACAAGAGCCGAAUUGAUGAGAAUUGACUACGUAUUAGGCUACCAGUCAAACGAGGGAAAACUCUCAAAGUUCAUCAUGAUGAAACACGAGAAUGAAAAUUCGCGUCGCGUUACCAAAUCGCGUCCGGUCUGUAUGGACCUUUAGCGGUCAGUCUCAUCAACACUCAUCUGCAAAGUUCCUCGCAGGGGCGUAGCCAGAGGUGCGUGUGUGUGGGAACACCCCCUCCCAUUCAUCACGGACUUGGCAAAUUUCUGCUUGACGCGGCAAAUUGUUUUCGGAUUUAUUUUAUCGGCAAAUUGUUUUCGUAGUCAGCGAAAAUAUUUGAGUGGCUCGGAAUAAAAAGUAUUAGUAUAAUUACAUAGGUGAUUAUUGAAAAUUCUCCACGCUGAUUGGUUGCCGUUGAGGUGAUUAUUACGCGAUAAUCACCUAAGCGAUUUUCAAAAUGGCGGCCGAAGCCUUUUUGUCAAUUAAAUGACAAAGAAAUGUGUAUUUUCUUAUUUUUUUCCAAAUAAUCACCUAUGAAAUUAUACUAAAACAAUUAUUCACCUCGGGCUCGGUGAUUAUCGUGUGAUAAAAAUCUCGACUUCGUCUCGGUUUUUAUUCACCGAUAAUCACCUCGCCUUCGGCGAAUAAUUGUUAAAUAGUUACACCUCCCCGCUCGCCAACAAUUUUGGGAAAAAUGUUAAUUAGAGAUUAUUAAAUAUUAAUUAACCAUUGACGUGCGUUGUCGCAAAGAUUUAUUUUCCCAACCUCAUACCCAGGGCCUUUGCUCUGAACCGCGCAAAGGCCCUGGGUACGAGGUUGGUCUUUUCCCAUCUUCUCAGACAUGUUAUUUUGGGAAGCAUGCGCGAAAAAUGUUCAAUAUUAUAAGGUGUAGAAAUGAUUUUUCUCUUAUUUUCUGAUAUGACAUGUAUUCAUGUAAAACGUAUAGAAGAACAAAAAUAUAAAGUAAAAAAGUAGGGUCACGGACCUUCUUAAAGAGAUAAAGGGUCAGUUAAACAUGCAACAUGAUGUGGUUUAGAAUGUUAGUUGAACAAAGAACCCUGAGCCAAAGUUCUGUUAUUUUUUAGGAAUAUUUCCUGAAGCACGCCUAAUCAUGCAGAGUGUUUUUCUCUUUGCCCUUACUCUUUCUUUAUCACUUUACAUUGCAGUUCGACUACAUAUAUUAGCUAGAAUUUGCUAUCAGAUUUGCGCAGUAAAAGUACGCAACUGAUGAAUCACCAAGUUCAAUUCUAUUUUCCAGGUUGUUGAGCAGAAAGAGCUGGUCAUUGCCGAGAUAGAAAACAAGAAACUUCAAGAACAACAGGCAGCUGAGCAAGCGGCAGAAAAACUGGCACAAAAGGAGUCAGAAACAUGUAUUUCACCGAGGAAAGAACAAUGGCAAAGUAUCCUUGAAAUCCCUGAGAUUGCUUCCAUGUCACAAAAAAUGUUCAGAGAUAAUUUAAGCCGCUCUGCCCAGGCCAAUGUCUGAGGAGAUAUCCACCCUAGGCUUGUGUGACAUUAGUCUGCUACACGCGCGAAAAUCUCACAUCUUGUCCCAAGUUGUCCACAAGUUUGUAACAACUUGUCAACAGUUGUAACAAACUUGUUGAUAUUAUCAGACUUGUCGCAAAGUUGUUCCAACAAGUCCGAUACAGUCAUGAUAAAACAUUGUUACAACCUGUUGUCGUCAACCUUGUAACAUUCUUGUUAUAUUAUGACUGUAUCAAACCUGUUAAAGCAACCUUGUAACAAGUCUGAUAAUGCCAUCAAGUUUGUUACAAGUUGUCAAGAGCUUGAUUCAAACUUGAUACAACAACUGGGAACAGGCAGACUUAGUGCAACAACUCAGUGUUUGCAGACCUGUAUAUUUGCACUGCUUGUUGACAAGUUGUCAACGGCUUGUUGACAACUUGCUACAAGGUUGUUGAACUCAACAGAAUUGCUACAAGUUGUUCCAACAACUUGUUAUCGUCCUGCAAUUCACCAAUUUGUCAACAGGUUGUGAGUGACAACCUUGUAGCAACUUGAUAAAAUAACAGCGUUGUUACAACUUGUUGACAAACUUGCGAACACAUCUUCUUGACAAGCUGUGAAAUUUUUACGUGUAAACGAUCUCACACGUAAAAACGCACAAGUUGUUAUUGUUACAAAUCUGUUCACAAGCUGUCGACAAGUUGUGUUCGCACUGCUUGUUCCCAGUUGUUGUAACAAGUUUGGAACAAGCUGUUAACAACUUGUAACAAGCUUGAUGGCAUUAUUAUCAGACUUGUAGCUUGUUACAAGGUUGUUCUAACAAGUCUGAUACAGUCACGAUAUAACAACAAUAUUGGACCAAGAUAUCUAUGUAUUGGACUUGUUGGUACAACUUUGCAACAAGUCUGAUAGUAUCAACAAGGUUGUUACAAGUUGUUAACGGCUUGUUCCAAGCUUGUUGAUAACUGGGGACAAGCAGUGCGAACACAACUUGUUGACGGCUUGUUGGCAGACUUGCUACAAGAUGCGAAAUUUUUACGUGUGUAGGGCAUAGAUAUAAUAAAUAUGGCGUAGGGCCUUCUAUUCAUAUAUCAGCGCUUCCCUUCGUGACGUCAUUGAAGUCGAAAUAGAAAUUUAUCAAUUUAAAGUUUUCAAACGUGGCUGUUUCAACUACAAGGAAGAAGUUAUUUCGCUGACCUCAGAAUGACAUUUCGUCAAAACUUUUUUCUUCAAGAUUGGUUUAGAAACAAACUUGAAGUAGGGUUAGGUGAUAGGGUUAGGAUUAUGGUUAGAGUUUGGAAUAGGGUUUAGUGUUAGUGAAACUGUUGCUUUGUUACGUUUUGUCACUCUGAGGCCAGCGAAAUAACCUCUUCCCAACUAUAAACACAAAACAUUCGUACUACAUUUUCUUUGUCAAAAAUAUAUUUAAUUUCACCAAAUUAUUUUCCAAUACCUAUUUACAAAAAUGUAUACGAACAACUAUUUUACAGAAGUGAAAUUAAAAGUAAAACCUAUUUCUUUAAUGGUACUAUACAUGUACAUACUACAUGUCUGUGAAAUAAACUGACGCUAACAUACAAGUAACAAGUUCACCGUAGCUCAUAUCAGUAUAUAAAUAUUUUGCAAUUAUAUUUUUAGUUUAGAAUAAUCUGUAUUUUAUAUUUAUAUUUUUAACUGUAACACAAUUUUACGAUACUCUUUUUGCCAUACUACAACGUACAAAGUCUACAAAACUGUCAACAGCUUUAACAAAAUACUAUAUUAUGACUAAACCUUUUCAGAUUAAGUUGAACAAAGGCAAAGCUUCUAACUAACUAGAGUGGUUAGAUAUUCAUGGCUUUGUCAAUACUUUUUUGCCAACACGGCAACAGCCACAUGUUUGACUAGUAGUAUUUUCAUAAACAGUCCUACCGUACUAAAAUGUUUUGACUUAAAUACUUUCCCACAUUUUUAAGUUUAAAUUAGAGGGUAUCUUAAAUUAAUAAACUAAUGUAUACUCUUAGAGUAUAAAAUAGCAGUUUUAUGAUAAACCACUCAUAAAGAAGUACUGGUCAAAAUUUUACCCAUUGAAGGGCAGGUAACUUGUUUUACAUAAUCUAAUACUUAUCUUAUCUUUAAUAUGCCAAAUGAUUCUAUUUGCUUUUGGUAAAAAUGUCUUUCCUAUAGAUCUUAUGUUCCUAUUUUAUUGACAUAAUAAAUUAAGAUUGGGAAGCUAUAAUCAUUGGCAGGUAGGCUCUUGUGGUACAUCAGUUGAUGUUUAGUAAUGAGCAUCAGGGUCACCGUGAGAUUGGGCGGGGGGCCGGGGGCACAGGACAAAGUGCCCUCUCUGAACAGACCUGCUAAGCAUUCACUACAUUGCAAUUUAGUAAACGUCACCAAUGUCUCAAGUUUCAGUUCUGUACCAUAAUAGAUACGAUAAUCAUCAUUCACCACCAUUUAUCAGUACACAGCACCAACAACUUUGAGAAUCUAUGCCAACCAAUUGACUGCAGUAUGACUGGCAUUUUCGAUUUCUGGAGCUCACACAAAACUUUGAUAUCACUUCAACCGGGUCUUCUAAAAACAACCAUCAAUAAUUCUUCUUCCGUUGACAAGCUAUUAAUUUCCUCAUGGUGUAGCCAAUGGACUUUCUCCUAGUUUACCACUGUCAUUUGAUCUCUUACUCAAGUGUGAAUUAUCGUUCAAUAGUAAACUCUCGACAUGGAUAUUAUUCAGCAGGUCAUCGGUUCUUUCCACGGUAAUUCUAAACACUGACAUCCCUGUGUACGAGGAAUCCCAAUUCACUCUACGACCAGAUCGUCUCGGCAACUGGCAUCCCAGCUCAGAACAAAAGUACCGUAGCAUUUCUCUGAUCAAUCCUUUGUGGCUAACCACAAGAACAUUCGCAGGGUCUUUUGAAGAAGCACUGUCUAUAACAUCGACAUCACAGCUAUUUCGACUACUGCUUUCACAAUGGUCGUCUUCGGCGUCGUAACUUUGUGCCUGUUCUGUCCGAUGCAACAUUACGUCGCAUAUUUCUAAGAAAAAGUCUUCGGCUCUGUGACGGAUAUCCUCUAAUGUUUCAAGUUUAUUUAGCAACGAAUUGUUUAUAUUUUCGACGCCUUCUUUUUCAUCUAGUAAUCUCUGCAAAGUACAAUGCAAACCGUUAGAAACUUUUAUCUUUAUACUGAAUAAUUGACAAGAAAAAGAAUCAAUUUCACAGAAUGAAGCAAAAAAUUUUAGGGAAUUGCCUUUCCGUGUACAAAAAAAGGUACAUUCGAAUUGCAACGACCACAUGUAUCGGCCAGCUAGACUUUACACAUGGUCAAUCUGUAAACAAGUUGAAAACACAAACAAAUUUUGAACAACUAAAAUAAGGAUUUUGUCAACAACUGGAAGUGAACAUUGAACAGCAGCACUUACAAGUUCUUCCAGUCGCGGGUCUUCGUGUAUGGGUAAGGAUGAACAUGAUCUGUUGUGGUUGGCAAUCACUACGGCUGUCUAA